AUACUCCUAUUAAAUUCAAUAAAUCUUUUAAAAUUUAAAAAAUUAUUUAUUUAAAACAAAAUUAAUACAACGAUGAUUGAAGAUUUUAUGAAAUUGCUUUUUUUAAUAAUUAGCAUUAUGGGCUGGUUAUUUUUUUUUUUAACUAUUGUUAUAAUUAUACGUUGGACAAGAUUUGUAAACAGAAAUCCAAAUGCUCAAGAAAUAAUAAACCAAAUAUUUCUGCGUGUGAUUUUUCUUGACUAAUUUAAAAAUAAAUGAAUACAGUAGAAAUGAGCGAAUUGAAACUGAAAUGAAAUAGGAUUCACAACGUACACUCAAUGCUCAGAAUAGAAUAUUUCAACAAUCGAGUGUACUGGACGGUUCCACUUUUGAUAAACUAUGAAAAAAUAUCAAACAUGUCAUAUUAUUUGCGUUCAUCGGUAACUAGGUAAAGAAGAAAAUAAAAAAAAAAGAAUCAAGAUGAUCUCGACCCAGAGGUUUUCUUUAAUGACUUUAAAGGCUACGUGUUCGUUUUUUUAGUUCUACUCUCUGUGAAUAACUAACAACAGAGUGUUGUUGACUUGUUUUGCAAAACAGCGCGAAAAAAACUUUCGUUUUAAAGUUUACAAAUGAAGUUGAUGUUUUCGUAGCCUUUCGCCUACGAUUGAAAAGUUUUCGAAUAAACGAGGAAUAAAUAAUUAAAUUGUCACCCGUCAAGAAACUACUCAAGAGAGCACUAUAACGGCGAUUCCGAAGCAAAGAUCAUUUACGAAAACCUCUGGUGACUUGGUUUUUUAUACUCUUAUAGAACACCAGAAACAUUUUAAGUGCCAGUAAUUUUGAGGAUGCAAGAAAGGAAAUCAGCGUCUCUUUGAAAAAGUUGCUUUUGUUGAUACCAGUUUUUUUUUUUGUCAAACGUAAAAUAUAAUAGAAAUAAAGAAGAAAAUAUGAGUAUUUUUAUGAAGGUAAAAGUACGUGCAUCAAUCAAUAAAUUUAAUUGUUACGAACACCUAAUUUUAUUACAGUAGAUAAAAUUGAAAAAUGACUUAUAAAUGACUACAUUAAUUCUACCUUGCAUUUGAAAAACUGAUUUUUGAAUUAAUUAAAUAAAUGAACGAUUGGAUCAUGAAUUAUUAAACACAUUAUUUCAACAUUAUUCUGUGCUCAGGCCCAAGAGUGGUUCAAUGUUAUUAUACAGCAGGAAGAAAGUGCGGUACAGACGCGAUGGAUAUUGUUGGAAAAAAAGAAAAGACGGCAAGACUACUCGCGAAGAUCACAUGAAGUUGAAAGUCCAAGGAACUGAGUGCAUUUACGGGUGCUAUGUACAUUCAGCUAUACUUCCAACAUUUCACAGAAGAUGUUAUUGGUUAUUGCAAAAUCCUGAUAUGGUGUUGGUGCACUAUUUAAAUGUACCGUAUCCGGAUGACAACAAAUUGUCGGUGAUUUCGCCGAGCCUCGCGCUGUGGGCUGAUCGUAAAGAGUGGACGAAAGACGAAUUACUAUCUCAGUUGAAACCUAUGUUUUACGAGGAAGACCCUGACCUUAGCAACGAAAUGGAAGUAUCGACUGCCGAGUGCGUAGCUGCCAUGGUCACCCAGCUAAUGGAGUGGCAGAAGAAUGCUAGGGCGACGCUACUCAGCCGAACUCUUGAAUGCGGAUGUCCGGACUCCACGUGUGCAGACGGACAAUCGUGCUCGCGCCCGAUCAGACGGAUUUCGCCGUCGGAUAGCAAUCAGGUGUCAUCAACGACUGGGAAUCGAUCGCGUACCGGUACAAUGUUACUCACAAACCACCACGUCAACUCGUCCAGGAAUACGAUGAACACAUUAAUGAUCGCUAAUCACGCUAAUCAUAAGCAGGUACAAAGUGGGCCAACCUCCUUGAACACCUCAAUGAACAAUAACUUGUUGUCGAAUUCCACAAGGGAUUUUCGCAAUCAACCACAACAACAGCAACCGCAACAACAACAAAUAAUUCUCAAGCACGAUUGCAGAGAUAACAAUCAAAUAUUAAACAACAGACAAGCAUCAAUCAACGUAACGGACAAUAAUCACAUACCCACAACAAUGAUUUCAUAUAAACCACAAGGUUCAGACGAAGUGAUUCACGUGUAUACCGAAAAACAAACGUACCACACUUCACAAAAUCAAGACGAGCACGCUGUACAUCUGUUUCACGGACAAGAUCACCUAAAACAACAGUCAGACCAAGUGAAAUCGGAAUUCUAUGAUGUCACAUUAGAUUUGUCCCACGAUGACAUACAACAGACGCUUUCAGCCAACAUGCCCUUAUCGUGUGCCAAUGCUGAUCAACUGUUACGGUUGGAUGACGACCAUAACAAUAAAAACCUGGACGGCACCGGAGACGAUGUAUUUGUAAGUCUCGAUGCGUUUGAUAUGCUUACUGACUUCCAAGAACUUGAUAUUCUAGAACAUGCUACGCAAAAUGCUUCAAAUCUAGUUACGGAAAUAGGAACAAACGCCGCGGAUAUGCAGCCACACGCGCAAACGCAAUUAGAUAAUAUGGACGUACUACAAAUAACUGAUUACUGUCCCGAAUGGGCAUUUCCGGAGGGAGGUGUUAAGGUAUUAAUUACAGGUCCUUGGUUUUCUUCCUCAUCGUACACUGUUAUGUUUGAUACGAUCACAGUUCCGAGCACUUUAAUUCAAGGAGGUGUUUUACGAUGCUACUGUCCAGCUCAUGAUAUAGGCACCGUCACAUUGCAAGUAGUCAUUGAUGGCAGGCCAGUAUCAACUACCGCCAUAUUUGAAUACCGUCAGCACGAAUUCCCGCUAACCAUAUCCUCAUUAUCGAUGUCACAUACGUCUUCUUUACUAAAGUUUCAUUUGCUACAAAAACUUGACUCCAUCGAAGAUUACUUACAGUCAAACAAUCAACAAACAGACCAACCAUUAGUAUGUAAAGAUAGUAUCGUUAUGUUUAGCAAGCCCAACUUUGAAGAUCAACUUGUAAAUUACUGUGAAAAAAUGAAACAAUUCUCGUGGAAAUCUGAAUCUGAAUAUAAUCUUAAACAAUUAGAAACCGAAACUACUAUUUUACAUAUGGCAGCAUUUUUAGGAUAUUCUAAACUUGUGUGUAUACUUCUUCAAUGGAAAUUAGAAAAUGUAUCACUGUUUUUGGAAAUGGAAGUCAAUGUUUCAAAGCAAGAUCGUGAAGGUUAUACGCCUCUAAUGUGGGCUUGUAAAAAAGGACACAAAGAUACAGCAGUGUUACUGUGUCAAUGGUAUCAAACUGUUCAAAAUUCAAAUAACAAUUUUAAUCAAGAUUACUCUCAACCCGAUAUAUUAGAAUCCGUUCAUCAAUAUUUUAAUGAUUUCAAUCAAAAUCAGUAUUGCAGCAGUGAAAAUUUAAGUAACGAUGUAUUUUUAAGGCCUGAUGGAAUUAAUAGUGACGUUAAGAAAGAAAUCGAUCAAACAACCAACCAAUCAAAUAAUCUAAUUACGCCGGCUAAUAAAUCUGUUACCAUUUUAUGUUCAAAAGGAGAAACCACCAAAUCAGAUAAAAAUGAAAUAAAACCACAAGAAACUCAAGGUUCUAAAAGACCAUUACCUAAUAGUUUUUUCCAGACUGAUGACUACUAUGAUCAAUUCUGCAAACCAUCACUCUACUUCCCAUCUAUUCAAAAAUUCCAAAAAAGUUUGUUUCUUCCACUACAAUCUCCUACAUCAGAUAGUGGAAAUUCGUCGGAAAAAUCACCAGUAUUAUCAAAGUCUGAUUUUAUAAUUUGCAUGGUAACCGCGCUGGCCGAUGGACCGGCGGACGGAGCCGUGGGUAGUGAGAACGAUGGCAAUGGUAACACGCGAUCCGAUGAACAUCAGAACGAUGAACGAAUCGAAGACGCUGUUCAAACACCCAAAGAUCCCGCUGAACACGGGGAACACGAUGUUCGUGUUUUAACGUUAGCUGAACAAUUCAUAGCAGCUAUGCCUGAUCAUAUUAAGAAUGAAAACGGAUCACAUGGUAAAAUUGUAGAAUCAUCAGUUAUUACAAUGGAAGUGCUUGACGAUCCUCCCUCAUCUGUGUCGUCGUGUUGUUUUGAUACGAACUCCGAAAUUAACACAGAAUUUAACGAACACGUUUAUCAUUAUCGGCAAAAAGAUCGAGAAAUAGAAACACCCACGUCCAGUACCAGUUUAACUUUAAGUCCAGUGUCGAGUGCAUCACAAUGUUCUCCUGCUUCACCACCGCCAACUGCAGCAGAUCUAUGUGAAUUCCUUCAUGCUUCAUCAAACAACCAAUACUUUGAAAAGAAUUUUUCGAACCUUACACUAUCUGAUUACGAACAACGCGAGUUAUACGAGGCAGCCAAAACUAUUCAGAAAGCCUACAGGACGUACAAAAAAAAAGAAGAAGACAAAGAAAUUUCAGCUGCUUCGAUCAUUCAAAACUAUUAUCGCCGUUACAAACAGUAUGCAUAUUAUAAGCAGAUGACAAAAGCUGCGAUUCUCAUUCAAAACAAGUAUCGUGUAUAUAGAAGACAUAAGCGGUUUAAAAAAGAAGCUGCUCAUUAUAUUAAUAACACUUUCACUGUCAUUAAAAAAAAUCAAAAUCAAAAACGCCAAAAUCAAGCAGCUCGAAAAAUUCAACAAUUUAUGAGACAGUCCAAGAACGGUACGUCUCCUCCUGCCACAAUCAACGAACGAACUUUUGGAUCUCGUAAGAGGGAAGCUAACGGCAAUCACAAUAUGAAAUAUCCACCGACAAAAGUGGCGCAAUACUCGACACUCAACCACCAUUGAUGUCCGACAACGUUGCACCGCUGUUUAUAUAUUAUUAUAUAUUAUAUUAUUGUAAAAUAUAAUUAACCGCGUAGA